GUACCUAGUACUAGGUACCUAGUAGUGUGGGUACAACGGUACAGCAGUACAUAGUACAUGUGGUGGGUUGAGCUACAUGAAAAGUGUCAAGAUCCCGACUGGAGUUCAAUGUUCUUAAAAAAGCAUAUUAUUAUCAUCUGUUGACCUUGUCCGUCAUUUCUCCUACGUCAACUUUUCAACUUUCCAGUCUACGCCGGCCGGCCACUUCGUCAAAAUGAGUUUUCUCGAUAUAGACUGGAUGAGCCUUACGCUCCCAUUAGCGUAUAUUUCUGUUCUUGGAGGCUCACUUUACACCUUUUCUACCAUUUAUCGGAAGCGAAAGGCCUCACAAAGUGCCAAUCUCGAGCCAUGGUUUCCGGCGCAUCUUCAACGAAAUAUCUAUCUAACGCUCCUUCACAUGGAGCCCGAACCUGGUCAGGAGAAGGCACCGAAAAUUCCAGAUAGCGUUAUUCGAGCUGCACUGUUGCGAAGAGCCGUCGAGGAUAUCCGCCGCAUCAUCCAAAUACGAACCUCGAAGCAAGCACUAAAUACUUUGUUACAACGGGGCAGCGUUGGCGACGAUUUGAACCAGAGAUUCUCAAGAGGCGAGAAGGAAAUUGAGGAAGAGGUCCGAGAUGUAGUCGCGGAGGCCAAUGCACUCGCACCCGGUUGGGGCCAGACUAUCUUCCAAUCAGCAAACGAAAUCGCGGCUAAUACUAUGAUCCGCGCCCGAUUAGAGGAAAUAGAGAGCCGGGCUGAGGCUGACAAACAGUGGUGGGAGAAGCGACGGGAGGCAAUUCAGAAGGAUUUCAUGAAAGAGCUGGAGGAAGACACGUCGGUUAUAAGUUCCCUGAAAAGCGGCAGCGAUGAUGAGGCAGUCCUGGUGGACUCGAGUACGCCAGCCGCCACUCCUGGAAGUGCCAAGAAGAAGAAGGGCAAGAAAUGAGCAUAUUAGUAUCAGAAAAGCAACCCUGAAUGAGAGGGAGAGAUGUGCGCUUGCUUGUUAGUUCGGCUUGUACCGUUACCAUUGCCGUUGCCGUUGGUCAUGGGCAUACUUGCAUCUUUGAAUCCGGCGUUUGGGGGCAUGGAUAAAAGGAUAAUGCGCAAGAGUAUAUAUAUGUAUUGUUUUUCACGCAAGUAGACGACUACCCAGGGUAUUUGCCUAGGCAGGUUUGCAUUCAAGACCGCGUUGGCACCUAAUAAUGUCUAUAUAUUGAAUUACACUGAG